UAUAUAAUUUUGUUUGAACCACGUUUGAACAAUAUUUUUGCUACCAUCAAACGCUACAUGUUCAUUCCUAAUUGUAUACCGUAUCUGUUCUAUUUACAAACAAAUUUGACAAAUUGACAAUCUUGCAUUGAAAUUUUAGAAGAUUCUUCUUAUUUUGUUUUUAUAGCACCGCUAACGAACGGUUUCCAGCGGAGUUUAUUAUUUUUACUACAAUGCAACCUCAAAACGAGCUAACGCGGAAUGCUAUAUUCCGCGCCCGUAAAGCGGAGCUAGAUUACUUCCAGAGGGCCUUGGACACACAAUGGCUAAACAAUCGAAUGGCUGACGGCCGCAUGGGUCGUUGCCUGGCCCUCAUAGAGAAGGAAGCUCAGAUGGAGAAGGACUUCCAAGAGAGAACAGAUCAUGCAGCAAUUGUCAAUGCUCGAGCUAAAAAAGAAGCAGACCUUGCCAGUGAAGUGGCUAAAGUCCGUCAUGAAGAAGCUACUGAACUGCUGCGUCGCCACUACCUGCGGGAGCGAGAUCCAGAGCUGCGAAUGCUGAUGAAGAAACUGCAAGCUGGUUAUGUGUGCCGGGAUCUGCGGCAACAGAUAAUGCAUAAUGAAUAUAGGAGGCUGCAGGAAAAGGCUGAAGAAGACCGGGCCAAUUCCACCCUCCUAUCUGCCUUGGGCGAUGACCAGAAAGCAAAAGAAAAAGCACAGCAGAAGAUACAGCAAACUGCAGCAUACUGUCAGGAACUGCAGCAGCAGUUGGUGAACAGGCAGAGGCAGAGACAGUGCCAGUAUGAAGAUGCGCUCAUUGAGCAGAAAAUGCUUGAUGAUGUCAUGAGAACCAUUGCUGAUGAGGACCAGAGGGAGCUGAAACAGAAGCGAGAUCUCAUGGAGAAAACGCAACGCGAGAUGGUGACCUUCAAAAAAGCUCGCGAAGCAUGGCGAGCCAAGCAACGCGCGCUCGCUAUUCAGGAGGAGGAGGCCAUAGAGAAACAAAAGCAGGCCGCCGCCGACCGCAGCGCUUCUAUCACUGCAGAAAGAGAACGCUGUGAGAGAAUUAAAGAGGAAAUAAACGCAAAAAUAUGUGCUAAAAUCAUGGCAGACGAGGCGGAGCGUCAAGAUCGCGACAAUGUAAUCAAAUUGUUACAAGAGCACGAAUUACUAGAGAAACAGAUCCAGGACGACAUAGCGGCGGGUCGCAAGCAGGAGUACGUGAGGGCCAGCACCAUGACCGACCUCACGGCGCAGAUGGACCUCAAAAAGAAAGAAAUUGAACUGGAGAAACAGAGGCAGUUCGAGUUUAGGAAGGAGUCAGAAGCCAAGCUAGCGGCUCUGGACGCGAAAGAGCACGAAAAAGAACGUAUAAAGAAAGAGAAAGCGCGUCAGUACUCGAUAGACCUGAAACAGCAGAUAGAGGACAACGCGAGAAGGAGGGAGAGCGAGCGACGUCUCGAGGAUGCGAGGGCAAAAGCUGUCUUCGACUAUUACAAGGAUUGGAAAGCAGAAGUAUCGAAGGAGCGCGAGAAGAUCGUCGCGGAGCACGUGCCGCCCACCCUGGGCUACAUCCAGGCGGGCGUCAUCGACGCGCCGGACCUGGCGGCCGUGCGCGCCGGCGCCGCGCGCGCGCCCGCGCUGGCCGCGCUCGACCUCGCCGCGCUGGCGGCCGGCGCCGGCGUCAAGCGGCAUCCCAAGUGCAACGCGCAGUGCAGGGUGCUCAGGGAGUUUUAGAUCCUUACACCACUUUUGUAUAUUUUAGUCUUGACCUCUUUUUUAUACGGAAUAUAAGGAUCAUAUGAAUGUCCAUGUCCGUCCUAAAAACACUACAUUCGAUAACUUUAUUACUUAUGUAGCAUGUUUAAAAAUGUGAUAUUUACUUAUACAAAUUUGAUUUACCAGUAUUUGUAUUAAAUUAACAAGUGCAGUAACAA